AUGUCUAUGACUGCCGGAAAAAUUAUCACCCCUACAAAAUUACCGGAGGUGAUCGGUUUGUCCGUUGUAAACUCUUCCAGGUUUAUAAUUCUUGGAACCAAACCAGAAGCGCCACACGUUCGUGUCCCGGACAUAGUUAUUGAUCUUUUACCAACAUUCAAUGAAUUUGGUUACGCCAAACACAGUUCUCUUCUUGAUUAUAUCAUUCCAACACACCAUCCUAACCCCGAUGAAGAACCAGUACGCCUUGAGUUUCGUCCCGCAAAUCCCAAAACCGAUGAAAAUUCUGAUCCAUAUUUCCGUAUUACCGUGAAAAGGGGUUCAAAGUUUAGUGAAAUCUUUAAUGAACUUAAGGAUAAAUGGGAUUCGGUUGUGUAUCCUAAUGUGUGGGAUAAUUUGAAACAUCUUGCGGCGUUGUCCCGUCAAUACCUAGAAGAUGAUCAUGAUCAUGAAAAUUCACCUCCCUAUAGUGGUCAACUUAAAAGUGUGGUAGUGGAUCAGAAAUGA